AUGGCGCAUGUGGUGGCCGCACGAGCGGCCCGGCGCACUGCACGAUGCGGAGAUCAUUGUGACGUGCAGGCUGCAGGGGCCAUAGAGAAGGACUACUUCGCUACUACAAUACUACAAAUCAAAUCUACCAACCGCCUCAACCACCUCGAGCCUUCGGCUCUACAACCAGUGCCACAGCACCUUAAACCACCUUUCAAACACUCCACCAAACACCCAGAAAUCAUGUACGGCAUCUGCGUCAGAGCCAGAUGGAACUGCUCGCCAUGCUGCUGCGGGGACGACUACUACACCAUCCGCCUCACCACCGGCACAGGCGCAUGGAGACGCAACGGCGUGCUACGAUCAUACGAGGAGGAGGAGUACUACCUCUGCCGCCGAGACCCAUGGAGGUCCCCGUCUCUUCCGCCGAGAAGGCGCGUUAGAUUCGCUCGCUUCUAA